UGAACCCGGAUUUUGACACCACUUAAAAUACUGAGUUCAUAUUACUUAAAUUGGCCUAAUUUGUGAACAUUACUUGUUCAUUUUGAUUAAACUUCACUUUUUAUGUCCUUUUUUUAUUCUAAUCAUGUUUGUAAGUUCAAUCAACAAUGUCUACUGAAACAAAUUGAGUUUAUAUUACUUAAACAUCAGUAAUGUCUUACAUAAACUAGGAAUUUUGAGUGACACACUUUUUUGAUGGUCUAGCUUAUUCUAAUUACCGUAUUUUCCGGACUACAAGCUGCUACUUUCCCCAUGCUUUGAACCAUGUGGCUUUAUAAUGAGGUGCAGCUUUAACCAGAAAGGAUGGAUGCUGGAAAGUCUAAUGAAGGGUUAAAGGAGUGCUACGGAAAGCGCCCAGGAGGAUUUUGUUCACCUCAAAACGGCGCUGCUUGUUUUCCCAGCUUCACCCCGGUAUGAUGACAGCAACACGGAGAGCAACACUGACAUCGCCACAGAAAAGGUAUUUGACGAAGCCAGGGGCGUGUCCAGGGAGUGGCUUGGGGUAGCACAUGCCACCCUUGGAAUCUGAUUGGCCACCCCAGGUGCCACCCCACUAAGUUCCAGUUUAAAUUGACUUUACAUUGUCGACAAAAGGCUUGGGUUGUAAACUCCAAAAUAGUGUGUGGUUGCAUGCACCUUUCACCUUGUUUUCUAGCCCAGGUAUGUAGUAUUAAUAUUAUUUAAUAUUUUUUCAUAUUCACAUACAUAAUAUUUAGAGUCCCACUCAACUCCAGUUGGUGGCAGUAAUGACACAAGAAGUGACUUGCUAACCACCACAAAAGUAGAAGAUGAAGAGGGGAAAAAAUGGUGAUUGUGCAAUGUGAAACUCAAAAAUUCACUAGAAAGUAAAUAAAUAAAUAAACAAUUUGUGUAAAUAAAUAAAUAAGCAUAACCAUUGGUGCCACCCAUGAAUAAACAAGUGGCCCACAUGGGCCACCCCAUUUUAAAAGUCCUGGACACGGCUCUGGACGAAGCUCUUUUGAGGCUGUUCUACUCCCGACACUGAAGAAGAUGACUUCAGUGCGCAGGAGGAUGAUGAAUAAACUAAUCAAUAACUUUUCUGUUUUUUUUUUAAUACUGAUCAGUUCAGUUACGUUCAGUUAAACUACGUUUUGAAUUCAGUAAACAUCUGCAGCUUUUAGCCCGGCACGGCUUACAUUGAGGUGUGCUGCAUAGUCCGGAAAUUACGGUAUGUAUUUGAGUUCAAACAACUUAUCAAGCUUGCCUUUUGCUCCCGCAAAAAAUCUGGUUUAACCCUGUUUUGAACAGUGGCACUGUUGAGCGCUAAGCGGCUGCCUGCACUUGAGAGUGUGAGAAGGAGCAAGCAAGUUAUCCAACCCACAUUUGACGUUGAAGGAUAUAUUUUUGUCUUUGAUUCAGUCCUAAAACGAUUGCUAUUUGAAGUGUAGCUGAGCGGGACACCUGGAGCAGCAUUUGGAAAAUGGCUGUGCAACAGAGAAUGCUUAUGAGAGUCAUCAUCACUGAAGGGGACAUAAGGAAGGUGGAACUGACAACAAAGCCUGAUACAGUUGAUAUUUUGGUUGGGUCCCUUAAAGAUGUGCUUCAAAUAAAAUACAACUUCACCCUUCAGUAUAAAGAUCCCAGCUUUGACAACGAACUCUGUAAUUUAACCGAGAUAUCAGAGCUACCUGAACGACCUACUGUCAAAAUCAUUCCUUUGCUUACUCUUGAGGCGGUACCUGACAUACAGAUGAGUUCACCCACAAGUGACACAACAAGCCAGGCUGACACUGACAUCCUCCCCUACUCACCCCAGGAACGACGCCAGUGGCCAGAGCUUUUUGAUAUGUAUAUACCAAAAUUUUCUGUAGAUGUAGAAUACAGACUGCGUCAAGCAAACCUGCUGCAUCUCAGAGAUGGAACACACCUCAACCCAUCAAAGGAGCUAAAACAUGACAUCCUUGAGAGGCUUGCCGAGACCAUAUAUGCCAUGAAAGCUUACCCAACAAAUGCGGAAUUUGAAGCUGUUGCCUCAGCACUGGUGCGAGUGCACCCAUGUCUGAAAGAACAAGGAUCAAUGUCCGGCUGGAGUGGCUGGAAAAACAGCCUGAAAUUCAAGAUGGGGAAUUACAGAACAAAAAUGCGUCAGCUGGGUCACCUUGAUGUCACUGUCAACGGUGGUAAAUACGGAAAGCACUCUCCUUCUGGAGAUCCACCAAACAAGAGAAUCAAGAAGCCAAAGAGAGGAGAAGUCAAUUACUUACCUGAUUAUCCAGAGGGAGAAGAUGAGUCCAGUCUUGAAGAUGCUCGACAGCUGAUGGUUGCAGAAAUGAAGAAGAAAACUCCAAAUACAGCCAUGAUGAAGCAAAAGAUGGAUCUGACAUUUGCUCUUCGAAGGAAAGAAAUUGUGAACGACAAGCCCGCCAUCAUCCAGAUAUGUCAACGAUGGCCUCCUCUCUUUACGGAAAACCAGGUGUGUCUGGAAUUCAGCAGAGUGGUUGGUAAAAGCCUGAGAAAGGAGUUCUAUGAGGCCCUUGACCACCUAUGUCCCAGGCUUAUGGAAAUCUUUAAGGCAAAGAGGGGUCUUACAGGGCAGGUGUUGGCUGACCUGAUGCGACAAACAAAGGCUUCGGAUGUGAUGGAGGUUAGAUCCCUGGUCCUCAGGGGGCUUCCAGUCAUUCUCGGUGAUGAUCCAUCUGCCUUCUUCAAGGCCUGCUUUGACACUGACGGUGAAGACAGUUUGUGGAGUGAUGUUCCAGUGGGGAUCCUCUGCCGUGAACAGGAUAUUUCAGCACACAUGCAGUCCCUUCACCACCAUACAUCCUCAGUGGGAAUCAUCUUGGAGGGCAAGAUUGUGAUGGAUGCCGAGAACCUGCCCCAGGCCAUGUACAUCCUCUUUGGACUUACUUAUGCACUGCAUCUCAACUACCCAAAGUACAUGAAAAACACAUUUGACUUUAUUCAACAGAUACUUCUGAACUUGGGUAAGUCAGAUCUAACACCAAAACUCCAAACACUCAGGAAUCAGCUUGCAAUGUGAGAUCCAGAUCUACCUCCUUUUGCAAAGAUAAAAAUGUCAUAUUUUUUUAUGUACAUUGAAAAUUGGCAAUUAAGGAAAACAUAGCAACUUUCAUCUGCAUUAUGUCAAUUUGUUGAAACAUUAAUUGGAGCAUAUUUAAAAAGGAGAAAAGUGCAGGACAAACUAAAAUGUCACUAACUAAAAAGUAAAUAAUGAGGGGGAAAAUCAUUAGAGGCGGGAGGGGGGUGUAAGGGUGAGGUAUAGAGAAAGGAGGAGAGCGCGGUUUUGGAUGUGUAUUUUUAUAGUUUUAAUUUAUCACGCCCAUACAUGCCUUUUUUUUAUUAAGUUUAGAGAAACUUUUGGUUCAUGUUCGUGCAUUCCUGAAUGUUAAGAGGAAGGGGGUUGAGAGGAGGUGGAGGGGUACAGAAGAGGGCCAUUGAAGAAAAAUAAAAAGUAUUCUGACUUUUUUCUCAGAAUUCUGACUUUAACGGAGGAAAAAAGUCAUAAUUCUGACUUUUUUUAACUUUAAUCUCGGAAUAAAAAAAUCUGAAUUCUGAGAUUAAAGUCAGAAUACUUUUUAUUUUUCUUUGGUGUCCCUAAUCCUCUUCCAUA